AUGGAAUCUUCAAUCGCACCUCCGACUUCCCCUACCACAUUCCGCCCUGGUAUCGCGGAAGCUGGUGCGCAUUUGCGUAUCUGGGACACGGUCUACUCUACAAUCUCUCAAUCGGGCGCUUUCGUCUCAUUCUAUCAUCUUCUUCAGGUCUCUCGUUGCGAUGGAUCACUGAAUUGGGGCAAAAUUGUGUUUCUGACUACCUGCAUCGUCACAAUGGUCGGCUGUGGGUACAUCACUUCGUUCUUGCGGCGAAAGGGCUGGGGAGCUACUCCAGCCAAGAAGCGCUUUCGCCGCGCUCUGCGCAAAGACUACUCCAAACGCUCUGCUGGUACUGUGACUUCUUCGGAAGAUGAGGACUAUGACAGUACUGGUUCCCUACGCUUCGGCCCCGAUGACACUAUGCUAGAGAAACGGGAAGCGCCUCAGCAUCAUGAAAAGACCGAGAACGCGCAUGAUACGGACCCGGGUCUUUUGAAGAAGCACUCGACAUACCUCUCAUACACAACAUCCAUCGCGACCUAUCCGUCUAUCAGGACCUUCAAUCGACCUCAUCCACAGAUGGACAAGCUGCCCACCAAGCCUACCCCAAUUCCGCUAUUGGUCUUUGUACAUGGCUUGGGUGGGUCUUUGGCACAGUUCAACCAUCUCCUGACGAGCCUGUCCAAUAUUGGGCCUUGCUUCGGUAUUGACCUGCCUGGAUGCGGGUUGUCGCCAUUCAAGCCGGACUCCUGGGAUGCAUAUACCGUUGAUGCGUUGGCAGAGCUGUUGGCGACAGCUAUCGAGCAACACCGUGACAAAGAAGCCGGUCAAGGCGUGGUCUUGAUCGCCCAUAGUUUGGGCUGCUCGCUGUCUGCGCUAUUAGCGUCUUCCACCUCUCAGAUCGGUUCUGGUUUGAAAGAGCAUGUUCUGGGACUCGUUGCCGCCUGCCCCCGUGCAACGCCGCCACCUCCUCAUGAAGUUGCCCAAUUCCGUCGCCUACUCCAGAUCCCCAGUCCGAUAUUCGAUCUUUGGCGCUACUGGGACCGACGUGGUGGCUUGCACAGUAGCAGUGUCAACAGACUUGUGGGUGCGGCAGCAGACCCCGAUACGAGGGAGCUUCAAGUACGAUACAACAAGCAGAGCAAAACCCCGGUGUGGAGGCGGAUGGCUUGGGGAACGCUCCCUGCCUACGAUAAGUCUGGUAACCCCGUCGGGGGUAUCCCCGGUGAGGCAGUGUGGGCGGGGGUGGAGGUUCCUGUACUCCUCGUGGCUGGUGAGGCUGAUGCAGUGACAAAGCCCAUUGAGCUACAAAAGAUUCUGGAAUUUUUCGGCCAAAGCGGUCGCAGCGUUGACGAUGGCGCGGGUGCCCUUUCCUCGAUUCCCGAUGCCUCCCAAAUACAUGACAAGGAGCCUGCUUCUUACGACCAUCGGGCACACGAGGAGAGCUUUGGACUCGAGGUGCAGGUUAGCGAGAAGAAGUUGACAAGUGAGAGGGGUGAAGCGAACCCGCACCGGCGUGCUGUGAAGACUGUCAUUCUUCCGGCGCCAGCAUCACAUGCUUUGAUCUACGAUCGUGCAACCUAUCGUACUUUGGCCGGAAUCAUCCAAGAUUUCCUCAACCAACACAUUGAUCACCGUCUCAGCAUGGGAUGGCAGUUACAACAUCUGAACACCUCCGGCAAGUGGGACGUGAAGAACCUGGCGAAGUGGAAGAAGGUAAAGCCAGUCUCACAACGCAUUGCCGAUACAUUCGUGGCUAUGAAGAUGCUGCGGGAGGUCGAUGAGGAACACAAUCCGGUCUUGUUCUCGCAGACCUACCGCGACCGCAUUUAUGCCGUGGUCGAUAUUAGCUACGAGAAUCCGGUGUACAACCCAGCCUCGAUGGAAAAGGGCGGGAUUCAUUACCAUAAACAUCCAACGGUGUCGAAGAUACCUCCAACGCCGGAUGAGGUUCGAGACUUCAUCGCCUUGAUCGAUCGGUUGCAGAAUGAGAUUACUGAGAAGAUGGAGAAGUCCGAAAACCAGAAAGGUUCACGUCCAGUUAUUGGAGUUCACUGUCACUAUGGAUUCAAUCGCACGGGAUUUCUGAUUGUCAGCUAUCUGAUCGAACGGCGCGGAUACUGUGUUCCUGCAGCGCUCGAGGAGUUCGAACGACAGCGUCCUCCGGGCAUCCGACACGAACAUUUUAUUGAUACCCUAUUUGUGCGAUACUGUGUUGGGCUGAAGCGAGCGCCCACGCUCUGA